AGUCAUGUUUUUGAGUUGUCUAUAGUUCCGCCGCGCGGGCUCUCGUCAACCGCAUCAUCUCCGUCGCAACCGCCGCGGGCACGCACGCGAUUCGCACGCACUACCAUAUAUUACACACAACUCGCGACAUCGACGAUCACCAUCAUAAUUAUUAUCACCGACGACAAUUAUUAUUAUUGUUUUAUUAUUAUUAUUAUUAUUAUUUUACACUUUAAAAGAAAAAAAAAACAAAUUACACGCGACAAUCACGAAGUUAUACACACGCGUAAUUAAAAAAUACUUACUAAUUUAUCUAUUAAUUAAUUAAUUAAUUAAUUAAUUACCGGUGAUGGAAAAAAAUUAAUUUACUCAUUUACCGUACGGAUAAUUUUUUUUUCUCUCCUCGUAAGUCAAUAGUGCACCAUCGAAAUUAUAUACCUAUCAAAUAAGUUAUCCACACAAAUCGCACACAUGUCGUAUAUUCUCCGCAUGCCUGCGGCGGCCGUGUACCGGUCACCGAUGACGAGAUCUCAUUCGACCACCGGACAAUAAUAUAGGCGGGACAGUGUCGACCGAAGCCCACCGCGUGAUGGGCGACCUGCAGCAUUUCUGUCUGCGCUGGAACAACUACCAGAACAGCAUCACCACAGCGUUCGAGAAUCUGAGGGACGACGARGACUUCAUCGACGUGACGCUGGCAUGCGACGGCAAGAGCCUAAAGGCCCACCGGGUGGUCCUGUCCGCGUGCAGCCCAUAUUUUCGGGAACUGUUGAAAAGUACGCCGUGCAAACACCCCGUGAUCGUGUUGCAAGACGUCGUUUUCGAUGACUUGCAAGCGCUCGUCGAGUUCAUCUACCACGGCGAAGUAAACGUCCACCAGAGGAACUUGAGCUCGUUCCUGAAGACCGCCGAAGUUCUCAGGGUCAGUGGCCUCACCCAACCGUCCGAUUCCGCAACCACCAAUGACCAUUCCGCGAGGCAGUCUUCCGAGACACCACCCGCGGAAAACUCGUUCCUGCAGUCGUUCGCCACACAAGCGUCCGAGGGCAGAGUGUCACCACAGGUCAGACAGAGGAAAGGUUUUCCGCAACAAUCGCCGUCGUCCAUACCUUCACCGCGGUCAAAGGAAAACUCUCCGAUACCGUUAAAACGCAACAACAAGACUUCGUCGAAUCCGGCCUCGGGCGGGGGUGGCGGUGGCGCCAUGCCCACUGGCGGCGGAGGCAUGGACCUGUCCGAGAGGACGUCUCAACACAGUCCCAGCUCCGCGGGCAGCCGGCCCAACUGCAUCGACGACGACGACGCGGGUGAACGUUCGGACGGUGGCCUCAGCGGUGUCGUCGGCAGCAACGGCCACAGCAACGGACAUCAACCGCACAACCACCACCUCCACCACCAACAGCAGCAACAGCUCCACGACGAACCUCCGAUGGACUAUUCGCGGACGCACCAACACCACCAACAGCAGCAACAGCAACAGCUGCCACCCAACGCCCUGCAACAGCUGCAGGACACGGCGCAGAACCUGAUGAUGUCCCGUCGGUCGCCCACCGAAGUCAAGACCGAGCCGAUGGACACCGCGUCCGCGGCUGCCGUCAACAAUAGCGGCAGCGCGUACGCGGACGAUAGUAACGACUCGGCGGCUGACUUUACGGGUGUCCACCCGGCCAUCGGCAUGUCCGAACCGGACGACACGUCCUACCAAAGCCACCACUCGUAUCUGGACAGCAAGUUCUUUGCGGCCGCUGGCGCCUCGUUCAACUUCAGUAUGGCUGCCGCCAUGGCCGCAGAUUCGUUAGCGGGUCUCAACAAUCACAACCAUACUAACGUGAUGGAGGCUCUAGGAGGCUCCAGUUCUCAAGACUGGUCAGAGGCUGGUGGCGGAGGAGUUGGCGGCGGGGGCGCGGAGACGCUGUCCUGUUUCGUAUGCGGCAAGCGCCUGAGCACCAGGUUGACGUUGAAGCGGCACAUCGAACAGCAGCACAACCAGCCUCUGCACUCGGCCGUCUGCAACGUGUGCAACAAAGUGUUCCGCACGCUCAACAGUCUCAACAACCACAAGAGCAUUUACCACCGGAAACCCAAAGCAUACAAGUCGGCGGGCGGGGGCGGUAACGUAGGUGCGGGGGCGGUGGCGGUGGCGGCGGCGGCGGUAGCGGCUUUGACCGCGGCCACGACCGCCCCGACGACGACUACUACUUCCGCGGCGGCGGUCACGUCGUCGUCCGCGUCGCCGGACGGUAACGGCGGCGUAUCCGGAUGCGCCAACACCGCCGCCGCCGAUGCCGCCGCCUCGUCCGUGAAAAACUUACCGCCGCUGACCAUGUGGUACAACAACAACAUAAACAACAACAACAACAACAACAACAACAGCAACUGACAUAAGCUGCAGCGGAGCGCCUGAACGGGCUCCGACGUCGUCUCUGUCGUCCGAACUAUACGUCGGCGGAAGAGGAAGAGGAUGACGACGAUGAAGGCCGGACAGAGGAACGAUGACAGGACAGAGUGACGACGGCAACGACGACGACAGUAUUACGAACGAUGUGGACGAGAAUGAACGAUAAUAAUAAUUAAUAACGAUAUCAUUACGAUAUCAUUACGACGCCCCUCGUAGCCAACGACUGUAAAGUGCAAUAAGAAUAAUUUAUGUUAUUAUAUAACGAUACAUUAUAACAUUUAUAACAGUAGAAAUCGUUUCGAUUAUAUGAUUGUAAGUUCUGUAGGUUUCGUGUUUUAUAUUUAUUUAUUAUUUUGUCGUUUUCUGACGCGACUGUGAACAAAUUGUAUUAUAAAAUACCAUCGAC